UUCUAAACAAGUAACAGCCCAUUGCGUGUUUUAAAAUUCUAUUCUCUAAGCUUGUACAAAUCGAUCAUGGAAUGGUUGUGUAUUUCUUUCUAAAAUAGUGGAUAAAUAAUUUUAUCUAUCCAUAAUUUCUCUAGACUGGUUUAUUCUACUUUAUUACUAUGUUGCAAUUCUAUUCAAAAAGAGCCAAGCUGGUAACUCAUUCCAUGGGAUUGUUUAAAGAACUUAUAGAGAAUGAUGCAUCCAACGAAGCAGAACGAGCUUCUUGCAUUCUCAAGUAUAAAAAUGAAUGGAACGAGCUCCUUUCAAGCGUGGACACACUACGCCAGCAAGCCAUACAGGGUAACUUUCGAGCUUCCAGGUUCAGAAGUGUGCUAUGGCGGAUUCUGUUGGGACUAUUCACGCCGGAAAAUCCCAAAGUGUGGGUUGAAGAGGCCAAGGAAGCCAGAAAGCAUUACCGCGAGCUGAGACGGAGAGUCAACCAGUAUCCUUGGAGCAAAACGCAAAAAAGCCCUGUUCUGCAGCCCAAUGACAAUCCACUCUCUCAGGAAGAUGGGAGCACUUGGAACCAAUACUUCUGUGAUAAAGAACUGCGUCUUCUUAUCGAGCAAGACGUGCUUCGAACAUUCCCCGGGGUCGACUUCUUCAAAAACAAGGAAUUCCAAGAGGCAAUGGUCGAUAUCUUGUUUUGUUAUGCUAGAGAGUACCCAAGAAUGUGUUAUAGACAAGUAAUUGUUCAUUUUUGUUCCAGUGAUACUAUGUGUGAAGUUCUUAAUCCCGAUUACUUAAUAGAAGACUGCUAUAUGCUUUUCACACGCAUAAUGGAAUCUACCGCAGUAGCCUAUCAUACCAGUGAUAUCCAACCCACAAUGACUGGCUCUUUCCCCUCUCGAACUGAAUCUGGAACGGGCUUCUCUAGCGACAACCAGAUGAUGGAGCGGCUGACGUGGAUCGAGGACUGCCUGUUUAGGUCCAAGGACGAGGCGCUCCACCGACACCUCACCGACUUGAAGAUCACUCUGCCGAUCUACGGCAUUCGCUGGCUGCGGCUGCUGUUCGGAAGGGAGUUCCCUCUGCAGGAUCUGCUCGUGCUCUGGGACGCCAUCUUUGCCGAAGGCAGCGAGUUUCAACUCGUCAAUUACAUUGUGGUCGCCAUGCUGCUCUGCGUCAAGGAACAGUUAUUGAAUUCCGGGUACACAGAGUGCAUGAAUAUUCUGAUGAGAUAUCCACCUCAAGCAGACAUUGGUUAUGUAAUCAAAAAGGCAUUACAUCUACAGAACCCUGACGUGUACAAAGACCCACCUGUGACGGCUGUGCAGUUGCCACGCCAGGUGCGGCCCGAGGACCAAUCACCGCCUGCCAGCCCCGUCAGGAGGAGGGUCGCCCAGCAGCCACAGGACAAGAAGCAAAGCAAGCAGGUCUCAGCCAUCGCAAACAGCUUGAAAAGGUUGUCAACUAAGAGAAAUAAAAAUUAUUCUUUGCCUGUCGCUGCUCACCACAGUGAGGGAAUCGUCGAUGGAUUCACCGUUCAGGAGCCAGCAGCUCUUAUCAUACAAGAACUGCGAGAGAAUAGAGAAAUCAUGAAUCUCUGCAGGAUAAAAAUGUUGCAAUACAAGAGCUUACUGGAGAAAAAGACUGAUCCUGACAAUAUAGAUGUACAAGUGAUCACAGGAAUUCACGAGUUGUCUACGCUUCUGGACGUGAAGAACGCGUCGCCAUUCGUGCUGAGUCUACUCGCCUCCACAGCGUCGCCGCCUCCAAUGCCGGCCCCCAAGGCAGCCGCCCCCGAGGUGGAGCCGGCCUACGAGGUGGGCGAGUCGAGCCGCCUCUCGCUGCUCUCGCCGUCCGCCCCCAUAGCGCCGUCUCUGUCAGGUGAGGACAGUGACCAGUCGUCAGUGCAGGCCAAACUGCCGCUCCCCAACUCCGAAGUCAAAAUGACUACCUUCAGCGAGACCGAGGGACCCGUUCUCAUCGAUAAUAUUGUCUUCCCGACCUCCUGUGUCUUCAGAUAGAUACGAAACUCAAGCCAGUUACACACACAUCGAUUUUUUCCGUCCUUAUAAAUUCUAUGAGAUUUAAUGGUAUGUUUAUGGUUGUUAUGGUAAGUUUAUGAGAUUGAAUGGUAACACAUGAUUCAUAUUUUUGCCAAUUAAUGUUCAAUCCAAUAGAAUUUAUUAAGUCGGCUACAAAACGUACGUCCAAAAAUGAUGUGUGUGUAACUAUCGAUGUGUGUAUGGAAAUCGGUGUUGAGUUUCUACCAUUAUCAAUAUCAUUGUGAUUUCCAUUAUAGAAACGUUGCAUUAAAAACCAUCCAACAGGAUCCGAUUGGUUUCUAAAGGUGGAUUUCCACAUAUCAGUGUCAGAAUCAGUGACUGGUACAAUGAAAAUGUAAUUUUAUUCAUUCUCAUAUUAAUAUUAUGACCGGAUCCCCAAAACAAAGUGAUAAAACAUCAUAGUAAUAUUCAAGGUCUUAUUGUAUCAGCCAUUUGGAAGAAGAGAUCGCAGACGUCCCACGAAGAGAUCGGUUGAUUUUAGAGACACAGAGGCUCGGAACAGGCAGUAAUGCCAAAGACUAGGCGCACUCCAGUUAGUCAAGACAAGACCAGACAUGAUCAGACAAGUUUAGUCACAAUACUUCACAUUGUUGAUGAUGACGCAACUCACACUGAUUAGUCAUUGCAAUUAGACAUGUCUUCAUAAGCAACUAUGUAAAGUAUUAUGACUAAACGUGUCUUGUCUUGUCUUGACUAACCGGUGUGUGCCUAGCCUAACCCGUGGAAGGAAGAAGAAUAUUUAUUCUACCAAAAACAUUACUAUAUUGGAAAGAGAAAAACAGGCGCCAGCCCAAAACGUCUUCAAUUCCUAAAUUCAGUUCAUUAAAAUUGCCCAAAGUAGGGAGGGGUAUGUUCAUCAAAUUUACAUUUUCCAAGUUCCACGAGACUAAAUAAUAACACGCCUAAAUUGUUUUCCACCAAGCCUGGCCGAGCUAAUAUGAAUAGGCCCAUUAGAACUUAUGAGAAUAAAUUAUCACUGUACUGGACACAUUCUAUGAUACUGUUAUAUAAGAGAUCCUCCUUUAAUCUACAUGUCCAACGUUGAUGAAUUUUUACCAAUAUAGUGAUGAUUUCUAUUUGAACCUUGAAAGUGAAAACCAAUUAACGGGAUUCGAAUAGCGUAGCCAAAGUUGGUAGAGCUAAAUAACUAACCGGAGCACUAGCUGGGGCUCUUUCACCAAACUACGGUCUCGACAAAUGUUGAGAUCACCGUUGCUGAGUUCUUAUCAAUAUUGUAAUGAAUUCCAUUUUUGAAACUUUUGAGCGAAACCAGGAUUCGAAUAAUAUAGACAAGGUUAGUAGAUCUAAAUAACUAACUGAAUAACUAGCACUGGCUAGUACUGCUAUACUAGGGUCUCGUCUUAUGUUGUUCAAUAGGCUGAAAUGUAUUCCAUCAAGUGUAAAAAACAAAAGUUCUUAGAUGUCUGAUGAAGCCUAAAAACCAGGAUUAAACAACACAGUAGUUGAAGUGAUAAUUCUUUUCACACCAAAGUUUUAAUUCGAUGAGUGCUUCUUCAUUCAAAUCCAAGAAACUGUUUUGUUAUUCAAACUAAUUGAAAUUAUUAUAUUGUAUUUCAGACAAAUUUAAAUUAUUGUAUUAGUGCUAUUAAAUUAAACUAUUUUCGUCUUUGACUCCUUCUCAUUGAUGAUAUAGUGAGUGUUUCCUACAUAAUGUGGUUUUAGAUGAUCGAAAUGUUAUGUCUCUAACCUCUUAUGUGUGAAAUUUAUAGUCAUUUAUAUAGUUUAAUUAAUCUAGUUGUGGGAUGAAGUGCUAACAGCGCCCUCCCAAAGCAUAUUAUGAGAAGGUAGUCUAUAUUUCAUCCUUUUGAUAAUUCAGAUAAAUGUAAACAUUUUGGAUUUUCUCAAUGGAAAAUUUAUGAUACAAAAGUACGAUUGCAAAAUUAAAUUGAAAUUCUGCCAAAUUAAGUUGGUUUGGAUAAUGUGUCUUGAAUAAAUUAUUCAACUAUCAUUCCAUUUUAAAAUGUUGAAAUUUUCUCUUUGUGAUUAUUGGAUAAUGAUGCAAUGCUAUGAGUGUUUUAAAACGUUAAAUACAUGAAUGGCUACGUUCAAAUACGAUUCAUGUUACUACAUUUAAUCAAAAGUUCUCGAAUCUAAGGCGCGAAGUAUCCACUAAAAAUUUAAAAGAAUACAAAAAUAUAAUUCAGAAAAUUGGAUCUAAGAUGAAAGUUUUAAACUUAUUAUUUCCUCAUCCAAAAUUCGCCUUGAUAAUUUUACCUGUAUGUUACUGAAAAUGUAUGGUUUUAGUCUUCCAGAAAGUAAUAUUUCAUAUUGCCUUAUUUUUGUUGAAACAAUUUUGUAUACUUCUGAAACACAGUAAAAUCUAGUGACUAUUUAUUUGAUAGCGUACAAUGAUCUCAUUUGAAUUAAAUGAAUGCAGUAGAAGUAUGGAUAGCACAUUUGUAUUGCGAUUGAAUAAACAGUUGCUUAUUAAAGUGCCUAAAAUUUAGAGUUAAGGUUUAAAACAUUAUUUGUUAAUCUUCACAGUUAAAUGAUGUACUCCAGCUAUUAUAGUCAUAAUAUUGUAAUCUAUUCUUUAGAUAUAUUAUCCAUAAAUACAUAUAUUGUGGAAACGUUACAGGAAAUUUAUAAUUUGUACUUAUAUAAUCCAAUUUCAUUCAUCAAUGUGACUGUACUUCCAGAGAAUAUUAUCUAGAUACAUAUUCAAGUAUAAUUAUAUUUCCAAAACUAGAUACUCUAAAAUUCAUUUAGAAUGUGUUUUUCUUAAUGGGCGAUGAAUGAAUUCUCAUUCACUAAUUUUCGAACGGUCUAAAACAAAGGUCCGUCCAUUCUGGAAUAAUUUAUUGUUAUACAUCAUGUUUUAGCCAAGCAGACUCCAAUCAGAAUUAUAGAAUUCCUGCUAAAUUACAACUAGGUACAGAAUAUUCUCUCCUAAGAAAAAAUAUGUAUAGAAAUUGAAAAAUAUUCACGUACUAAACAAAAGUUCCCUUAUAAAUUACUCGCAUUCUUCAAAAAUUCUCGCAUUGGCAGUUUGUGUCUUCCAUAAGGGCCUUAACAAAAGUUUUACGAAAAAAGAUCUUUACAAGUAGCUUAGAUAAUUCAUAGUAGAACAUUGAUAAUAAUUAUUCAUUUUUACUGUUCUCUCCUAGUCGAUUAAUAUAAUAUAAGUUGUUUCCCGAUUAAUAGAUUCUCCAUAAUAUAAAAUACCAUAUAUUUUAAUGAUCUUCGCGGUGUCUAUUUAUUGUUGGUGCUCAUUUUUUGUGUACCAACUUUAUCUAUUUCAAGAUAAAUUGUGCUGAGUGGAAAUUAUGUUCUUAGAUUGUUACUAUGAGAUGGAAGUUCGUUCAUUAUUUACCCAAGUACAAAAUCGAAUUGUUUGAGAGAAUUACAGUACGAACUCAAUACCCUUUUUCUCACCACAAUUUUAGCAUAAUUAUAUUAUAUGCAAUGUAUUAUUUAUAUUAUAAAUCUAUAUAUUAAUCCUGCAUUUCUAUUUAACAACUGCAUUUCCGUGUUUUGUUUCUUGUUUCAAUUUUGUUGUGUUUUGUUUCACUUUCCAAUGCAUUUUGUUUCUUAUUUUAUUUAAUCGUCCUAUGCCUCCCUUUUAUGUGAGGUACUAUUUUGUUCUCUUAUAUUCCAUCACCCACUAUUUCUUUAUCAAUUUUGGAUGAUUAGUUAUAGUUAUUGUGAAAUCGCAGCAUUUUUUAUCGAAAUCCCUUUAAAAAGAGUUUGUUUUUUCUAAACCAAAAACAUACAUAAUAUAACUAGUAAUUAUCUAUCUUUAUCUUAAUCUAGUCAACUCUCUGAUUUCUUUCUAAGUUUAUUUGAAACUUUUCAAUUGAAUGCAUACAUAUUGCUUUGUUCAUUUAAAUACCCUCUUAUAGCUGUAAUUGAUUAUCGUCAUUUAUCAUUAUAAUUUUUUCAAGAGUGUUGAGACAUGAUAUUCAUAAGACACGUGCAUAAAUAAAUACAACAAAAUACGGUACCAUUACAGUAUACAUUUUCUAAUAUUGGUAUCUUACUUGUCUUUGCAAUAGGCCAUAUCUAUAAAAAUGUUUUCUAUAAAUAGAGUUUAAGUAACUUAUUCAUUUUAUGUAUAUAGCAGUGAUUUUUGUUAUAUUUCAAUAUAUUGCUAUGUUACGAUUUAUAAAUUGAUUGUGAUACUGAAUUUAUAUUUGUUACAGUGACUUAUGUAGGCUAUAUGUUAAUUUUUUAUUCUAUAUUUUUUCGCCAUACUUUGAAAACUUGGGUGGAGUGUUUCAAACAUUUUUAAUACACUAUCUAGCUCAACUUUUCAAAUUAAUUUCCAUUGUUUCAUUGGUUCAUUGUAGGUUUCGAUUAAUGCAAUAACUAGUUAUGAGUUUUUUACAUCAAAUACCUAAACAAUCCACUCUCGUUUUAUUUUCUUGAGUAUGAGCAGUAAUAAUUUUAAUAAUCUCAUUCUAUACUAUUAAAAAUAGAUAUAACUUAUUCGAUGUAUAUUAUGUGUUAUUUUGGAACAUUUGGUUGUGUGUAUCCAUAAAAUAUUUUCUAAGAAAUUGUAUUUUUGUGAACGAGACGUCAAUAGUGACUAGACUUGUUGAUUAGGAAUUAUUGUUAUUUUCAUGUUACUAUAGAGCACUGUUAAUUAUUAUUGUUGAAUUAAAUGCACUGAUUAAUUUAUAAUAAAUAUUUUGAGUUAUGCCAAUAAAGUUGGAAGAAGUUUGACGAGAA